UUCGUGUCUUUAUUUUCGAUUACUUCCCUUAGUUUCGCUCUUCAAAUUGUCCUUCACUGCUGCCGGAGAGCGAAACAUUUACAAUGGGCCUGGUACGGCAUUCUCUUCGAAAAGGCCUUUUGGGCCACCAAGCCCACUCCAGGUUUUUUCAUGGUACAAGUGCAGCUGCAGCCAAGAAGGUUGCUAUGAGCAAGUUCGACAAGGAAACUUACAUAGACUAUGAUAAAUAUGAACACAACAUACAAAUGGUUAGACAAAAAUUGAAUCGUCCUUUGACUUUAUCAGAGAAGAUUUUGUAUGGACACAUAGAUGACCCCAAAACGCAGGGCAUUGAACGAGGAGUGAGCUAUCUCAAACUACGACCAGAUAGGGUUGCCAUGCAGGAUGCCACAGCUCAGAUGGCCAUGUUGCAGUUCAUCUCCAGUGGAUUGCCGAGAGUUGCAGUCCCUUCGACUAUUCACUGUGAUCACUUGAUAGAGGCACAGAUUGGAGGUGCAGAUGAUUUAAAGAGAGCCAAGGACUUGAACAAAGAAGUUUAUGAAUUCUUGUCUGCAGCAGGAGCCAAAUACGGAGUGGGAUUCUGGAAACCAGGAAGUGGCAUAAUCCAUCAGAUUAUUUUGGAAAACUAUGCUUUCCCUGGAGCCCUAGUCAUUGGAACUGAUAGUCACACACCGAAUGGAGGUGGCUUGGGUGGUCUAUGUAUCGGAGUCGGUGGGGCUGAUGCAGUAGAUGUCAUGGCUGGACUGCCAUGGGAACUCAAGUGUCCAAAGGUUAUUGGUGUAAAACUGACUGGGAAGCUGAAUGGGUGGACCUCUCCUAAAGAUGUGAUCCUGAAAGUUGCAGGAAUUCUGACAGUGAAGGGAGGAACUGGAGCCAUAGUGGAAUACCAUGGCCCAGGGGUAGACUCCAUCUCAUGCACAGGAAUGGGGACCAUUUGCAACAUGGGUGCUGAAAUUGGAGCAACCACUUCCUGCUUCCCAUAUAAUGGCAGAAUGGAGGACUAUUUAAGAGCUACCAACAGGGGAGAGUUGGCAGACUUGGCAAAUAACUACAAGGGAUUCUUGUCACCAGAUAAAGACUGCUUUUAUGAUCAGCUGAUAGAAAUUGAUUUAAACAAGUUGGAACCUCAUGUCAAUGGACCUUUCACUCCUGAUUUGGCUCAUCCCAUCUCAAAACUUGGUCAGACUGCCAAGGAAAAUAACUGGCCAUUGGAUAUCAAAGUUGGAUUAAUUGGGAGUUGUACUAACAGUAGUUAUGAGGAUAUGAGUCGAUCUGCCAGCAUAGCUCGCCAGGCGCUCAACAAAGGAAUCAAGUCCAAGAGCCACUUUACCAUUACACCAGGGUCUGAACAAAUCAGGUCCACUAUAGAGAGGGAUGGACAGGCAGAAACACUUAGACAGAUUGGAGGACUUGUGUUAGCUAAUGCUUGUGGUCCAUGUAUUGGCCAGUGGGACAGAAAAGAUGUGAAAAAAGGAGAGAAAAACACUAUAGUUACUUCAUAUAACAGAAACUUCACAGGCCGCAAUGAUGCCAAUCCAGCUACUCAUGCUUUUGUUACCUCCCCAGAAUUAGUAACCGCCAUGUCCAUUGCAGGAACUCUAAACUUCAACCCAGAAACAGACAGCCUCACAGCUGCUGAUGGUACCAAAUUUAAGCUUGAAACUCCCUAUGGUGAUGAGUUGCCCACGAAAGGCUUUGACCCUGGUCAGGAUACUUACCAGGCUCCUCCACCAGAUGGCUCCAGCGUAUCUGUAAAUGUUGACCCCAAGAGCACAAGACUACAACUUCUAACACCCUUCUCUAAAUGGGAUGGGAAAGACGUGGAAAAUAUGCCAAUUCUUAUAAAGGUUAAAGGAAAAUGUACAACAGACCAUAUCAGUAUGGCUGGUUAUUGGCUGAAAUUCAGAGGCCAUCUUGACAACAUUUCAAACAACCUCUUAAUUGGGGCUACAAAUAUUGAGAAUGAUGAAGCAAAUAAUGUUAAAAAUCAAUUGACUGGUCAAUAUGGAGCAGUACCUGAAGUUGCCAGACAAUACAAAGCCAGUAAUGUCCCUUGGUGUGUGAUUGGAGAUGAGAACUAUGGAGAGGGAAGCAGCAGAGAGCAUGCUGCCCUUGAGCCCAGACAUUUAGGAGGAAGAGCCAUCAUUGUCAAAAGCUUUGCUAGGAUACAUGAAACCAAUUUAAAGAAGCAAGGAAUGCUACCCCUUACAUUCGCCAAUCCUGCAGACUAUGACAAGAUCCAGCCUUCAGACCGAAUCUCUCUGUUAGGAUUGAAGGACCUUAGUCCAGGAAAGCCGGUACAAUGCAAGAUAAGCCAUGCUGAUGGAUCCUCCGAGAUGGUUGAACUGAACCACUCCAUGAAUGAGGGACAAAUUGAAUGGUUCGUAGCUGGAAGCGCUCUUAACAGGAUGGGAGAACUAAGAGCCAGUCAAUAAUUUUUCUGUGAUUUUGAUGUAUUCAUGAAAUGUGUAAGCAGCUGACAUUUUUGUUUUAAUGUGAUAUUGCACAAACAUAAAUUAAAUGCAUUUCUGUCUUGAAAUUAGACAGAUGUGUUUGUAAUGUGUAUUUAUAGUUAAAUUUUAAAAAAAAGAUUGUUGUUGUUGAUUUUGAGGGUUAGUAUGGUGAGUAAAACACAAAAAUCUAAAAGAAUCUCUCUUCUCUACAUUUCUGAUACUACAAACAUGUCUUGCAAUUUUUCUGAAAUUGAAAUGACAUUAAAAGUCCACAAAGUGACAUUGUAUACUAAUUUCUGAGACUGAGUUGUAAUAUUUAUUGAUGAACAUCAGAGAUAUACCAAAAUAAAUACAUGUAAAAAGUA